GCGCGCGUCGUUUACCACCGUGUGGCCACGUGACGCGAGGCAGCGUCCUUUAGUGCCGCGCGGUCACGUGACGCGGAGGGUGUGUGUCUGUGUCGUUAACGCCGCGUGAUCACGUUAAGCAGCGGCGGCGGCGCCAUGGCGGGGUCGGGCGGAGGUGCGAAGGAGAACUCGUUCAACGUGCUGGACCUGGCGGAGUACACCAAGAACCGACCCUGGUGGCGCAAGAUCUUCGCCCCCAGCUCCGGGUCCAGCGCCGAGAAAUACAAUGUGGCCACGCAGCUGGUGAUCGGCGGGGUCACGGGAUGGUGUACUGGAUUCAUCUUCCAGAAAGUUGGAAAGCUGGCAGCAACAGCAGUGGGUGGUGGCUUUUUCCUCCUUCAGAUUGCAAACCACACAGGAUACAUCAAAGUGGACUGGAAGCUAGUGGAACGGGACGUGAACAAAGCCAAGCAGCAGCUGAAAUUUCACAGCAGUGGUAACAAAAUGCCUCCAGAAGUAAAAAGCAGAGUGGAUGAGGUGAUCAUAUUUCUGAAGAAGAAUGUUAUCCUGACUGGAGGGUUUGCUGGAGGAUUCCUGCUCGGAAUGGCAUCCUAGAAACUGCACUCGACUCUCCUUUCAUGCCCAGCCUCCCUUGCCCUCCUCCGCUACUGUUCUCUCUCACUUAGAAGUCAAAGGAUGUUGUCGACGGGCUCAGUCCCUUCUGCUCACAGGUUCCAGCCCUUAUUUUUCACAACGCUGCUUCUGAUUUCCAACUUUUUCCUCUGUCUGGACUGUUAGGAUGCUGGGAUUGAUAUGAAAGCUUAUGACUCAAUGUAUCAUUGUGAUUCUUUUCCCCACCAAAUAUGCCCAGUCCUAAAUUUUCUGAUGAGUUGCAGCCUCAUAAACAAGUAGUGGCAGAGAAAUCUCUUAAACGUGCUUCUUCCCAGGUGCUCGGGGCUGUUACCUGUGCAUUUGUCUGACAGUAUUAUGUGUACAACAACUGUUAUGUGUUCACUGCUAUUUAGCUUGCACCUUUCCUGCCCUGAUACCGGGAAAGCCUGUGCUUCCCUCUGCGCAGAGAUGGUGUAUGCCAUCCAAACGCGCUCGGCUGCCCUGGGCUGGGUGCAGAAGUGCCAGGGUACAGCUGGGCUGUGUCCAGGGCAGGUGAAUAAGGAACAGGUUCAUGCUGAAUGUCGUGCCGGGGAUUCUCCUGCCCUUCCCUUGCCAUUGCACUGCACGUAGAUGGCCAAUUGACUUUUUCUCUGCUGUUAUUUAUACCCCUUACUGGAAUUGGAGCAUUGGCACUGCCAAUGGAAACUGAGCACCAUGGGUGACUCUCCAGGCCCUUUCCUCAUCAUUUGUUCUAAAAGUCACCAAGCUCCCUGCACUGUAGAGCUCUUUUCUUGCUUGCUAGCUGAUCGCUCAGCCUGUGAAAUAUGCAGAGACACUCCCUUGUGGUGGGCAGGCUUCCAGCAUGCUUGACCUGUCUGUAUCAGGCCAGUUGGUGCAUGUGGUGUGUGUUUCAGCUGUGCCACUUACUGUAGAUCACCUUGGGCUUCAGAGGGGCCUUUCUACGUUUACCAUGACCGUCUCUGGCCACUUCGGUGUGGGUGAUGCUCUUUGAGCAGUAACCAUGUGAGACAGGAUUUCAGACAGGAGAUGCAUCCCUGUUAAGGUACAUUGUACUGGUCCAGAGUCCCUGUUACCAGCUGGAGUGGUGGCAGAGGGAGGAUGUGAAAUCUGAAGUGCAGUUCUCUUCCUGCCUCUGGAGGGCACAAACUCCAUCUCCCUGGUCUCUGCAAACAACUGAAAUGGCAAAAAUUGGGAAAACCAGGUUGUGCUCUUGUCAGAGUGGCUCAUUUCCAUGCUUACUGCCUCGCCUUAGUUAGGUUCCUUUUUUCUUUGCAUUUACCUUAUCACAAAAAAAAUCUGCUUGCUUCCUUCCAUCAGCUGCAGCUCUUCUCCUGCAGGUGAUGUCGCAGCCCAGAAGCAGAGCUCAGCUGGUUUGGGGCAGUCUGUCCCACUGCUGCUGUGUGCAGAGCAGGACCUGAACCUACAAAAGAAUAUUAUUACCAAAAUUAUGAGUCCCUUAGAGAUGUUCUGCAUUGGCUGAGCUGGACUGACAUUACCUUCCCCAGAGCGCAGGGGCUUGCCUGGUGGUGGAGUGUUGUCCUCCAGCAGCUACAGGUAGGAGUUCUUGACAAGAAUGGGGUUUUUUGUGUGAAAGCCAGCUCAUCCUUCAAUAGGAAACAUGGGAAUGAUGAUUUGCUUGGGUGACAGGGACACAGCACCUAGCUCAGUGGCUGUAUCCCAUCUCCAGUGCUGUGUGGUGCCUUCCUGAUCAUCUGCUGCUGCUCUCAGUAUGGCUAGAACUGGGGAUCUUCCCCCGAGAGCUGCUGGAAGAGCUGGAAUAGUGAGUUCUUCCACCAGAGGUUUUGGGAUGAGCGUUUGCAGUUGUUUUCAUAGAAUCACGGAAUCAUAGAAUAGUUUGGGUUGGAGGGGACCUUAAAGAUGAUCCUGUUCCAACCCCUGCCCUGUUGAUUGAAGUGUCAAGGUAGCAAGACGUGGGUUUAGCUGAGGUUUUCUUAUCUACAGGAUCUGAAAAGAGGCUGUAGGUAAUCAGUAAAGAUAAAUUGGUGUCCUCUCCUGUGCUGCCAUACACCGACAAGGAGAAUGAAGGAGCAGCUGAGCUCACAUCCAUUUUAUGAUGGUCUUCCUAACAGGCAUCCAGGACUGCAGGAGUGAGGCGAUGCAGCAAAUGAAUUGUGUUUGGGGAGUAGAAUGACAGAUGAUGAUAGUGGUUUGGGUUUUUAUGUAGGGAUUCUGCAGGGCUGAAUGUGCAUGAAUUAAUACAUUUGUAUUGCAGGGUAUCUCUUGCUCCUGUAGGAAAACUUGCUGCCCCUCUGCCUGGUAUGCUGCAUAACACAACUUCUACUGAGAUGCACUGAGCUCCACAAAGCUUUCUUCAAUGACUGAGUUCAAAGUAAAUCAAUAACAGACGUUAGGAAUGUUUUUCAGGCUUUGAUAAAUCACUGCCCUGCCUCAGGGAAGGCUGUACUGGGUUCUGCUUCACAGGGUGCCAGCUUGCUGCUAUGGAGAGAAAUGGCCCAGAGGGGGAGCCUAAACACCUCAGCUGCUGCUGGAAGGGGAAAUAGGUCACAGAUUCAUGUUGGGUUUGAUAUGAUUGCAGGCAGGAAAUGGACAAAGACAUCAGGAUCUGGCAAAUCUUUCUGCUGUGCCAUCUUGGGCUUGUGGCUGGCACUGUUUGAUGCUGCGGGCCCACACUGGAAGCUUUGAUGCUGAGUCAGCCUCUGUGGGAAUGCAUUUUCCUUAUUGCAGAUGCCAAGAUGAGCUGUUUCCUCCUCCCACCCCUGCCCGUUUUGGUCUUGUUUUAACAACUGCUGGCGUCUGUUCCAGUACGAGAAGGUUUAGAACACACUAGGCUUUUAAAGUGGUUUUAUAUAUUGUAUGUAAAUGCUUGUUGAAGUGAUAUUUUAUUAAACGGUUUUGCUCUAAUA